AUGAACAGAUAUUUUAUUUUGGCUUUUUUGGUUGCUAUCGUUGCCAUUAUUACAUUCAUCGUAACACCUUCAUCAGUAUUUCAAUGUGAACACUAUAAAUUGCCGAAACCACCAAAGUUAGAAGGCAUUUUAGCAGUAAAUAAUAUAUUAACAAAAGCAGAAUAUCUUCUGAAGGAUAAAAUUUUUGGCCCAGAAUCAAUUAUUGUGGAGAAAGAUAAAAUUGUGACAGGGAUGCAAAAUGGAAUGAUAAUUUCGGCAGAAUCUGGAGUUAUUCGGAAAAGUCUUACAUUUGGGUCGGUCAAUCUCGAUCUCUGCGACGGUCGAUUCGAUAUGGAACCGAAAUGUGGUCGACCGUUAGGUCUUCGUCGAUUAAAUGCUGAAACUAUUUUGGCCAUUGAUACUUAUUUUGGCAUUUUCUCCGUCAAUUUUGAAAAAGGACAACAUAUGGUAAUAUUAGGGAAUCAGACGGAAGUAAAUGGUAAACCAAUGAAAUUUCUGAACGAUAUUGACGUGGUUGAUCGGGACGUACUGAUAUUUACGGAUUCUUCCAGCAAGUGGGAUCGACGCCAUUUCAUGAAUAUUCUCUUGGAGGGUAUUCCUAAUGGAAGAGUUUUGCGCCUAACACGAUCAACUGGAAAAAUUGAAGUCAUUAUGGAUAAAUUAUAUUUUCCGAACGGUAUUCAGCUAUUUCCUGACAAACAGUCAUUUCUGGUUUCGGAAACAGGCGCUGCUCGGAUUAAAAGGCAUUGGAUUGCAGGCCCACGAAUGGGUGAAACGGAAAUCUUCAUUGAUAAUCUACCUGGUUUACCGGAUAAUAUACGCUUAGGUAGUAAUGGAACAUUUUGGAUAGGUUUGGGAGCUGUGCGUCACAGUGAUCAGUUCUCAAUGUUGGAUUUUCUCGCUGAUAAACCAUACAUAAGGAAAUGUAUUCUUCAGUUGGUACCGGAACGACAAUGGGAAUGGCUAAUGUCAAUAUUCGGUACAAAGCAUGCGUUGAUUUUGCAACUUAAUGAAAAAGGCCAAAUAGUAGCAAGCGCUCACGAUCCAAUGGGCCAAAUAAUUAAAGAAGUGUCACAGGUGACAGAAGCCAAUGAAUACCUUUAUUUAGGUAGUUACCGCUCUCCAUUUAUUGCUCGGCUCCGUAAGGAUCACAUCAUUUACUGA